AUGGACCCCAUCAAGGAGACGGGCUCUCGCCACUUGGAAGACGUUCAUAUCAAAGACAUGGAGAAGCAACCUCAGCAAAUCCAGGUUGCUCCUUCUGAUCAAGCUCAUAUUCGGAGAAUGUUCGACCGCCGUGUCUUGCCUAUUGUGUGCAUUCUUUACAUCCUGUCGUACUUGGAUCGAGGAAACAUCGGGAAUGCAAAGACUGCUGGCCUGGAGGCCGACUUGGGCCUGACAGACUCUCAAUGGUCGUGGGUCCUCAACGCUUUUUAUAUCUGCUAUGUUCUUUUCGAGUGGACUACAGUGUUUUGGAAACUCCUUCCAGCGCACCUAUAUGUUGCUGUAUUGUGUAUCUGUUGGGGCGCAGCAGCCAUGUGCAGCGGUGCUGUGGAUAAUCUUGCCGAGCUGAUUGUCUGUCGCUGCUUGCUGGGCGUAUUUGAGGCUGCCUUUGGUGCUGGGGCGCCAUAUUUCUUGUCACUCUUCUACCAGCGUCGAGAGCUGGGAUUCCGUGUCUCUUUGUUACUGGGUAUGUCGCCUGUGGCCAACUGCUUUGCCAGUGUUUUGGCAUACGGCCUCACUCAUAUCAGACAUUCAAUCGCCUCCUGGAGAUACUUGUUUAUCAUCGAGGGUGCACCCACCGUUCUCUUUUCCGGCAUCGUCUUCUUCUUCCUCCCCGAUUCGCCGGGCACAGCCAAAUUCCUGAACGAAACUGAGCGGACUCAAGCCGUCGAGCGACUGCAGACCUUUGACCGUACGGCAAAGAACCGACUCGACCGUAGCCAGGUCUUUAGGGGACUGACCGACUACAAGAACUGGGUGCACACCUUCAUCCACUUCUGCUGCAAUUUCUCCUUUGCGGGAUUGUCCAAUUUCCUCCCCACGAUCUUGCAUGAUAUGGGAUAUACCUCCAUCAACGCACAGGGUCUAGCUGCACCGCCAUACCUCGCUUCCUUCUUUCUAUGCAUCGUGGCAGCGCUAAUCUCCGACCGAUACGGCAGACGUGGUCUGAUAAUUGCCGUUUCAGCGGCGACAGGGAUGAUCGGAUACUUAAUCCUUGCCGUGGUGCAAGAUGAGUCGAAGACUGGGGUGCGAUACCUGGGCGUUUGGCUCGCCACGUGCGGAAUUUUCCCGGCCCUAAGCAUCAAUAUCACCUGGUUGCUAAACAAUCAGGGUGGGGAUUUGAAGAAAGGGGCCGGGAUGGCGAUUCUGGCUGUAUUUGGUCAAUGCUCGAGUUUUGUGAGCAGUACUGCGUUUCCGCAAACAGAGGGCCCUUUCUACGUCCGAGGAUGUGCCAUUGGAUGUGCUUUGACCGGGUGCAUUGCAGUCUUUGCGCUGGGGCUGUAUGCGAAGCUGGUCCAUGAGAACAAGGUGCGGGACAGGUUGUAUGGCUCCGUGGAUGAGAAUGUUCGGGUGGACAUAACUGGGGAUGGCGAUAAAAACCCUCAAUUCCGCUACUUGGUUUAA